AUGGCUACCCCUAGCGUUCUAGUCUUUGAUGCUGAGGGUCGGGCUGUUGACUUUGAGGUUUGGGUCGAUGAUCUACAGCUUUUCCUACAGUGCGAUAGGAAGGACGGUCUCUCACUGUUCGAUCUCACGUCUGGCGCCUCUGCUGCCCCUGCUGCCGAUGCUGACAGCACUGUUCGCUCACAGUGGGCCACACGCGAUGCUGCUGCCCGUCUUGCUGUGCGUAGUCACUUGCCGUCCACUGAGCGCGCGCACUUUAGUCAGUACAAGAGUGCUAAAACCUUGGACCACUUCCUCUCUGUUUGCCCCACCACACUCACCGUUGACCUCCUCGAGGAGCGCCUCCUGGCAGCUGAGAAGAGUAUAGUCGCUGUAGGAGCCUCUCGUGGUGACCCUCGUGCCCCCUUCUUUGAGGGGUGCUCCCCCUCCCCCCUUUUGCCCACUGUUGCCUCUGCUGCAAGCGUCGACUUCUUUGGCACCGAGUCGGUCGGCGCUGCGUCUACCCCUAGCGGGAGACGCCGCACCGGCAAGGGCAAGGGGGGCGAAGGCGCUGGAAGGGCUGGUGGGGGCGGUGGGGGUGGCGGUGGAGGCGGCGGAGGGAGUGGGGGUGGCGGUGGGAGUGGUGGCAGGGGUGGGGGCUUCAGUGGCGGCGGUGGAGGCGGAGGCUAA